AUGACUGCAGUUGUUGUCGUCCCACUGGGCCUCCUUUUCUUCGCCUCCGGCCUCAUCGUUAACCUCAUUCAGGCACUAUGCUACGUGGUUGUGCGGCCGCUGUCGAAGAAUUUGUACCGGCGGAUGAACCGGGUGGUGGCGGAACUGCUCUGGUUGGAACUCGUGUGGAUUAUUGAUUGGUGGGCUGGUGUUAAGGUCCAAGUAUUCACAGAUAGUGAAACUUUUCGUUUGAUGGGUAAAGAGCAUGCUCUUGUCAUAUCCAAUCACAGAAGUGACAUUGAUUGGCUUGUUGGAUGGGUUUUAGCUCAGCGUUCAGGUUGCCUUGGCAGCACUCUUGCUGUGAUGAAGAAAUCCUCUAAGUUUCUACCGGUUAUUGGUUGGUCAAUGUGGUUUUCUGAAUAUCUUUUCCUGGAGAGAAGUUGGGCCAAGGAUGAAAGCACACUAAAGUCAGGCCUACAGCAACUUAGGGAUUUCCCUCUUCCCUUUUGGUUGGCACUAUUUGUAGAAGGAACUCGCUUUACACAGGCCAAACUAUUGGCUGCUCAGGAGUAUGCCACCUCAGCUGGAUUGCCUAUUCCUAGAAAUGUUUUGAUUCCAAGAACCAAGGGUUUUGUUUCAGCAGUAAACCAUAUGCGGUCAUUUGUUCCUGCCAUUUAUGAUGUAACAUUGGCAAUUCCGAAGAGUUCACCUGCUCCUACAAUGCUAAGACUCUUCAGAGGAAAAUCUUCAGUGGUGCAUGUGCAUAUUAAGCGACAUUUGAUGAAGGAUUUGCCAGCAGAAGAUGAAGCUGUUGCUCAAUGGUGUCGAGAUAUAUUUGUUGCUAAGGAUGCAUUGUUAGACAAACAUAUAGCUGAGGACAAAUUUAGUGAUCAAGAGCUGCAGGAUACCGGUCGACCCAUAAAGUCUCUUGUGGUUGUCAUAUCUUGGGCUUGUGUGGUUGUAACGGGGGCCCUGAAGUUUCUCCAAUGGUCUUCACUACUAUCCUCCUGGAAGGGUGUUGCAUUUUCAGCAAUUGGUUUGGGAGUUGUCACUCUACUCAUGCACGUCUUGAUUCAGUUCUCACAAGCUGAGCGUUCAACCCCUUCCAAGGUUGCCCCUGCGAAGUCCAGGAAUAAGGAAGAGCUAGAGUCUAGGGAUAACAAACAAGACUAG